CCUUCUUUCUAAUUUGAUUCAUUAAACGUAAAUCUAUACAUAUAUUUUCAUUAUUCUUUUUUUUUCCUCGCGUAGUCAGCGCUCCUGCCAAGAGAGGGCGCUCGUUGUGGCGCUAAAAAGGAACUAACUUUUGAGUGCAGUCGGCGAGCACGCCAUUGUCGGAGGGAAACCUUGAGAGUGAGUGGAAAUCUGUAUUCCCCAGCAUCCUAGAAGCCAAAAUGGUGACAGCAAAGGUAUGGAAACUAGCCAAGCGGCCAGAGGGGAUGCCCAAAAAGGAAGACUUUGUAUGUGUGGAAGAAGAGCUUGCUUGUGAAGAUGGAGAUGUUAUUAUUGAAGCUGAAUUUUUGAGUGUAGAUCCAUACAUGCGGUAUAUGAUCAAGCAAAUCCCUUUUGAAGCCCCUGUGACUGGUACACAGGUUGCAAAAGUGAUUGAGAGUAAGAACCCAGAUUGGCCAGUUGGUACGUAUGUUGUCUCACCAUCUGGCUGGCGGUCUCACACCCGACUCACUGAGAAGGACUUCAAGGCUGAUAACUUUUUCCAGAAGCCCAUGAAGCUGCCAGAAAUGGGAGACUUGCCCAAGAGUCUUGGCUUAGGGAUUCUGGGGAUGCCUGGGAAUACAGCAUAUUUUGGGUUCCUUGAAAUCUGCCGACCAAAAGCAGGAGACACUGUACUGGUAAAUGCUGCUGCUGGAGCAGUUGGUAGUGCUGUAAUUCAGAUAGCCAAGAUCAAAGGAUGUAAGGUGAUUGCCUUUUCGGGAUCUGAUGAAAAGGUAGCAUGGACCAAAGAACUAGGGGCAGACCAUGCCUUCAACUAUAAAACGGCAAAUGUUGGGGAGGAACUUGGUCAAGCAGCACCUGAAAAAAUUAAUUGCUUCUUUGAAAAUGUUGGAGGACAGUUUACUGCGGACGCUCUACCACACAUGGCUGAGAGGGGCAGAAUGGCAAUUUGUGGUGUGAUUUCAGAGUACAAUGACGACAAUAAAGAUUCUGGUGUGGUGUCAAUGACUAGUCCAUUGAAUCCAGCUACGAUACUUUGGAAGCAGCUUGCAGUGGAAGGCUUCAUUGUUACAAGAUGGUUUGACCGCUGGAUGGAAGGAAUUGAUCAGAUGAAGCAGUGGAUCAAUGAGGGCAAAGUCAAGUACAAGGAAACUGUUGUAAAGGGAUUUGAUAAAAUGCCAGAAGCAUUCAUAGGCCUCUUCCAUGGCGAAAAUACAGGCAAGGCCAUUGUAGCAGUCUGAAGAACCAUAUAUGAAACAAAGCUCAAAACAGUCUACUUUUUCAUAAUUUAAGUUAAUAGGAAACCACAACAUAAAAAUGAUACAUUUCUAUUCUUGAACCGUUAUGGUAUAAAAAUAUGCAAAUACUCUUAAUUUACAAAUAGGCCAGUACAUGCUUUUCCAUGUCUCCUUAAUUGUAGGAGAUGCUAUUUUUUUAUGUAUGCAGACUUUUUUAUUGCUUUUGCUUUCUGCUGUUAGUUAAUUAUCUUUCAUUCUUCAAAAAUGACCUUGUUAAGGCAUUGUUCAAAUUGAAAUAAAGAGCAAAAGUUUA